CAAGCACACAGUCGAGUCCCCCGUCUUCAAGCCGGACGACGGUCUCACGUCGCGUGGUUCGACGCAUGGUGGUGCGUGAGGACGGUACGCAAGUGCCUGUCGAACAGGAAGUGGACGCAGAAGGGAACGUCAUCGAAGAGAACACUUUAGUGAGCGUUGGGAGCUUCACAGGUAGCGUUAGCAGUGUCACUAGUGAGCCUUCUAGUGGUACCAGUCGACGAGUAACGCGUCGUGUGGUAGCUUCACCUGUUCGACGUACAGUCGUGAAGGGCGGCUCCAACUCUUCUGAAUCAGAGGAAGACGCGCAGUAUGUAGACGCUGAAGCAGGAGGCUUGACGGUCACUCCGGGUCAGCGUGUCAUCACUCGUCGAGUGGUAACGCCACAGCGUGUGGUCCGACGCAUGGUUGUUCGUAAGGGUGCAGAAGAAGAGGACGGUCUGGAAUUUGACGAGUUUGUCCAGAGUGGAGAAAGCAGUGACGAGUCCGUCGGUGGCUCUAGUCAUGGAGGCUACACUGUGUCGGAGCGAAUCGUGGUUCCGGGCAGUGGAAAGCGUCAAGUGGACUCGCGUACUGUCAACUCUUCGAACCAGAACGCGUCAACUUCGAACCAAGGAGCUGCGGUGGAGAGUACUGACGCUUUGGAUGAAGAGGACAAGGCUCCAAUUCCAGCCACGAGCAUUGAGGCUGUCUCUACGAAUCAGGCGUCUAGCACUGCUGCUACAGAGAAGAACUCGACAAGCCCACAACACACUCGUCGUGGUAGUGGCGGCUUCUGGGGCUUCUUCGGUAAGACCGAGGGGGAACCCAAGGAGUCUAAUGCUGCUCUUCCCACUCCGAAUGAUGGAGCUGAGACCUCUCUAUCGACCGGUGGAGAUACAGCACUGCCCGGUGCUGCGGGUCCUACGGAGUCGAAGACACCGCAGACGCUCAACGCUGAAGACGAAAUGGUCGUGGAGAUCAGCGAAGAUGCUGCUCCUAUUCUUUCCACGCCAGUCGUGGAAGUACCGGUAUCAUCGGGUGAUGUUAGAACCUCUCUCGUCAUCAACGAGGUGGACCACAAGCCACACAGCGACGGUGAGAAACCUGUCUCUGCUUCAGAAACCACGGAAGAGGACAAGGUCCCCGUUCCAGUGGAGACCGUGCAAGCUGAAGUUGUAAACGUACAGCCCGCAACUGAGUCUGUCACCUCUCCAGCUUCCAAGUCCCGUAGUAACGAAGCUGUCGUUGCUACGGCUGCUGCUCCAAUCGAUGCGGCAUCCUCGAACAUCCCUGAGGACACGACGGAGGAUUCCGACUCGUUCUCGAAGACGUCGCAGCGUAAGGCCGGACGCAGCAUUUGGAAGUUCUGGGGUGCCGACAAGCCCAAGUCUCCUCUCGCUGAAGACGAGGAACAGACAACAACCACUCCUGUUCCUUCAGCCAGUGAAGCUCGUCAGUCCUGGCAGCAACAGGACGAGCACAACUCGACCCAGACUGCAGGCGAAGCCACCCAGGUUGAGUCGAUACCUGCUGGCCAGAAUGUCAAGCCUACCACCGACCCUCGAGUCGAGAUGACGCAGACGACAGUGCAGGUCGACGAAGAGCUCGAGUCCGGACGUGUCUACCACGACGCGGUGGCUCCUGUGGAUACCGACACAGUUGGUAUCACUGUAGAGAGCGAGUCUCAAGACAAGCCUCGUGUCGGCUUCUGGGGUUUCUUAGGCAAGAAGGACAAACCUACAGCGACGGACUCUGUUAGCGACAGUAAAGCCGUUAGCUGGGCUGUUGAAGACGACAAAGACGAACCUGAAGUUGAGACUCUUCGAAGGAGUAUUCCCUCGGAUAGUACUCCGAACGUCUCGAGUUCUGUGGAGGCGAGUGGAAAGCUCGUUCGUGAGAGUGAACGUCGCACUACGGAGCUUACCGACGGUCCUGAUGUUGAGCUGGACGAACACUACGCCGAGGUCAGGAGUCCUCGUUCCGGUGGUCGUACUCUAAAUGACGAAGAACUAUCAACUGUCGAGCC